CUUAUUUCAAUACCAAUGAAAGCAACACAUUUGAAACCACUAUUACUAAUAUACUUGAAAUUUGCAGGUUACGGAUCAGUUUAUAUGGAUAUAGGAUGUCCAAAUAUCACAUGCGAAGAUUGUGGAAGCUUUAUGUGGUAUGAGGAAAGAGUGGAUAAACCACAUCGACCAAAAAAGCCAAAAUUCUCUAUUUGUUGCCAACGAGGAAAAGUUCAACUACCACUACUUUUAGAACCACCAGAGAUUUUGCAAACACUUCUAAGCUAUGAAGGUGGUCGCCGCUCAGCGAAAUUCAGGGAAAAAAUUCGAGCAUUUAAUUCUAUGUUUGCAUUCACAUCCAUGGGUGCUAAAAUAGAUCAUACGGUCAAUAUACGACCAGGUCCAUAUGUAUACAAAAUUAGUGGGCAAAAUUAUCAUAAAAUUGGAGGGCUCAUACCUGAAGAAGGAGAAACCCCAAAAUUCUGCCAGCUUUAUAUCCAUGAUACAGAAAAUGAAAUCCAAAAUAGAAUGCGCUCCUUCAAAAAGGGAGCAAAGGCAGAAGAACUUGAUGCAACCAUAGUUGAAGAUCUAAAGGAAAUGCUUGACAGAGAAAAUCCCAUUGCCCAACUUUUCAGGAUGGCAAGAGAUCGAUUAUCUGCACCUGGAACAGCAAAUGUCCGUAUCAAGUUACUUGGUACUAGAUCAACAGAAUCAAGACAAUAUAGCAAACCAACUUCAUCAGAAAUUGCUGCUCUUAUAGUUGGAGAUUUUGGAAAUUCUAAUGGAAAAAGAGAUGUAAUAAUAGAACACAAAACUAUGGGGUUCCAAAGGAUAACUGAAUUACAUCCUUCUUUCAUGGCCAUGCAGUACCCAUUGUUAUUUCCCUAUGGUGAGGAUGGAUUUCACUUGGAAAUUCCAUAUUCUCAAAAGAAUGGAAGAAAGCGAGAGAAUGUGACAAUAAGAGAAUAUUAUGCAUAUCGAAUACAACAAAGAAGCUUGGAAGGAAAGACCCUCAUCUCUGCAGGAAGAUUAUUUCAACAAUAUAUUGUUGAUGCUUUCACAGCUAUAGAAGAAGAUCGGUUGCGAUGGGUAAGAAAAAAUCAAACAAAGCUACGCACUGAAUUGUACAAGAAUGUAUGUGAUGCAGUUGUUCGUGGAGAUACCAUAGCGGCUGCUACUGGUAAAAGAAUGGUAUUGCCCUCAUCUUUUACAGGCGGGCCACGAUAUAUGGUCCAAAACUAUCAAGAUGCUAUGGCCAUAUGCAGACAUUUUGGGAAUCCAGAUAUUUUUAUGACAUUUACUGCUAAUCCAAAAUGGCCUGAGAUACAAUAUAUGCUUGAUAAAAUUCCGGGACAACUUCCUGAAUCCAGACCAGACAUCAUCACUAGAGUUUUCAAGCUCAAACUUGAUCAACUCAUGAAACACGUAGUGCAAGGACAACAUUUUGGCAAAAUAAUAUCAGCAUUAUACACCGUAGAGUUCCAAAAGAGAGGACUUCCUCAUGCUCAUAUUCUUCUAUGGCUUCAUCAGAAAAAUAAGUACCCAACAGCACAAGACAUAGAUAAGAUAAUAACAGCAGAAUUACCAUCUGAAACACAAGAUCCAGAGGGUUUUAAUGCUGUCACACAGUUAAUGGUGCAUGGACCAUGUGGAGAAGCAAACAAAAAUUCACCUUGCAUGGUUGAUGGUUUUUGCAGCAAAAAUUAUCCAAAAAGGUACAGCCCUGAAACAACGAUUGAUAAGGAUGGAUUUCCUACCUAUAGAAGAAGGGAAGAUGGAAGACAUGUCCAAAAAGGAGACAUCAGGUUAGACAACCGCUAUGUCGUUCCUUAUAACCGAGAUUUGUUACUCAGAUUUCAAGCACACAUAAAUGUGGAAUGGUGCAACAAGUCAAGAGCCAUAAAGUAUCUUUUUAAAUAUAUCCACAAAGGCCCUGAUAGAGCAACUGUGCUGAUAGAAGAUAAUGUGUCUCCCCAAAACACACAAACACCACUCAAGAUAACAGAAGUUAAUGAGAUCAAAACAUACUUGGAUUGCAGGUAUGUCUCCGCAUGUGAGGCAUGCUGGAGAAUUUUUGAUUUUGAUAUACACUACAGAACUGUGGGAGUUACCAGAUUAAGCUUCCAUUUGCCCGGUGAGAACUCGAUCACUUUAAGAGAUUCAGACCGAUUGUCAAAUGUCAUUACAAGAGAAGGAAUUGAAGACACCAUGUUCACGGAAUGGAUGAGAAUGAAUUCAAUCCACCCCGAUGCAAGAAAGUUAACAUAUUUGGAAUUCCCCACCAAAUUUGUUUGGGAUAAACAAAACAAAAUAUGGAAAAUAAGGAAGGUCGGAACAACAAUUGGCAGAAUUUAUUAUGCACACCCAACAUCAGGUGAAAGAUAUUACUUGAGAAUUCUAUUAAAUAUAGUUCGGGGGCCACAAAACUACGAAGAAAUCAAGACGGUAGGUGGCGUGACGCAUGCAUCUUUCAAACAAGCAUGUAAUGCUCUAGGUCUCUUGGAUGAUGAUAAGGAAUUGAAUGAAGCAUUGGCUGAAUCAGGGCAUUGGGCAACAGGUUUCCAACUGCGGGACUUAUUUGUCACUCUGCUCCUUUUUGCAGAAGUGACAAAUGUCAAAGAAUUCUGGGAGAAGAAUUGGCAAUUGUUGUCUGAGGACAUACUCUACAACAAAAGGCGAUUAUUUCAUCACUUCGGUUUGCAGCUAACCGAACAACAAAUUCAGACAUACUGCUUGAUUGAAAUUGAGAAACUUUUGAUCAAGAAUGGAAAGCAGCUAAUUGAUUAUGAUGGAAUGCCAUUACCAGAAAAAUCAGCAAUAGAAGCCUUGGAUAAUAGACUUAUUCGAGAAGAGCUUAAUUACAAUAUUCAGGAAUUAGAAGAGGAGCAUGAAAGAUGCCACCCAUUACUAAAUGAGCAGCAAAGAGAAAUAUACAAUCAUGUUAUAGAUGCUGUGACAAGUAAUACAGGAGGACUCUACUUUGUUUACGGCCAUGGAGGUACCGGAAAAACCUUUCUCUAUAGGACAAUCAUUGCAAGGCUCAGGGCUGCAAAGAAAAUUGUGCUUGCUGUUGCUUCAUCAGGGAUUGCAUCACUAUUACUACCAGGAGGUAGAACAGCUCAUAGUAGAUUUCAAAUACCAUUGGAUCUUUUUGAAGAGAGUACAUGCUCAAUAAAGCAAAAUACUCACCUUGCUCAAUUAAUAAAUCAGACAGAUCUGAUUAUUUGGGAUGAAGCACCAAUGACUAAGAGAUUGGCAUUUGAAGCCCUUGAUAGAACAUUGAAAGACAUUGUUGGUUACAAGAACCCUGACAAAACACUCAAGCCAUUUGGAGGAAAGACAACCCUUCUUGGGGGAGAUUUCAGACAAAUACUACCUGUAAUACCAAAAGGCCAAAGACAAGACAUAGUCCAAUCAUGUAUUAACAGGUCUUACUUAUGGGACCACUGCAAGAUCUUUAUGCUGUCCAAAAGUAUGAGAGUUAGUGAUAGUUCAUCAUCUUCCCGACUUAGUUCAUUGGCAUAUGAAUUCAACAAAUGGAUAUUGCAGAUUGGUGAUGGAAAAAUAACAACAAUUUGUAGAGAAGGUGAAGAUAUUCCAACAUGGACAAAAAUACCAAGCCAGUAUCUACUAAAGCCAACAGGUGAUUCAAUUAAACAAAUUGUUGACAGCACAUAUCCAAAUUUGCAGAAACAGUUAAAAAAUGAAGACUAUCUCAGAGAAAGAGCAAUCCUCACUCCUUUGAAUGAUACAGUUGAUGACAUCAAUAAUUAUAUCAUUCACAUGAUUGAAGGGACAGUAAAACAAUACAGGAGCUCAGAUCAGAUAGACAAAGCAACUGAUAACAUAGUUGAACAAGAGAUCAUGUACCCGGUGGAGUUCUUGAAUACUUUAAGUUUCAACGGAUAUCCAAACCAUUGUUUGGACCUCAAAAAAGGAAUGCCAAUUAUGCUACUCAGGAACAUCAAUCCAGCCCUAGGAUUGUGCAAUGGAACAAGACUAAUUAUUUUACGCCUAGGAGACCGGGUAAUAGAGGCAAAAAUACUAACGGGAAGCAACAUUGGUGCAAAAGUGCUUAUACCACGGAUAGUUCUGACGAAAAAUGAUUCCAAGUGGCCUUUUAUCUUGAGAAGAAAACAAUUUCCAAUAAAAGUUUGUUACGCAAUGACAAUCAACAAAAGUCAAGGUCAGUCAUUGAACUAUGUGGGAUUAUAUUUGCCAAGACCUGUAUUUAGUCACGGUCAACUAUACGUUGCGGUGUCAAGAGUAACAUCACCAAAGGGAUUGAAGAUACUUAUUGUUGAGCAAGACGACACAUAUGCACAAUAUACAAAAAAUGUUGUGUACAAUGAAGUUUUUAAUGAACUUCCUCAAUGUAAUUACAGUUGAUAUAUCUAUAUAUUCUACAUUUUCAUCAA